GCCGCCAUGGCCACGCCGCUGUCCACCCGCGCGGGCGGCGGGCCCGCCACGCCGCUGUCGCCCACGCGCCUGUCGCGGCUGCAGGAGAAGGAGGAGCUGAGGGAGCUCAAUGACCGCCUGGCGCACUACAUCGACCGCGUCCGCGCGCUUGAGCUCGAGAACGACCGGCUGCUGCUCAAGAUUUCAGAGAAGGAGGAGGUGACCACGCGCGAGGUGACCGGGAUCAAGGCGCUGUACGAGUCGGAGCUGGCAGACGCCCGCCGGGUCCUGGACGAGACCGCCCGGGAGCGCGCGAGACUGCAGAUCGAGAUCGGGAAGCUGCAGGCCGACCUGGAGGAGGCCAACAAGAGCACCAAGAAGCGGGAGGGUGAGCUCACGGUGGCCCAGGGCCGGGUCAAGGACCUGGAGUCCCUGUUCCACCGCAGCGAGGCAGAGCUGGCCGCGGCCCUGAGCGACAAGCGCAGCCUCGAGAGCGACGUGGCCGAGCUGCGUGCCCAGCUGGCCAAGGCCGAGGAUGGCCAUGCGGUGGCCAAGAAGCAGCUCGAAAAGGAAACCCUGAUGCGUGUGGACCUGGAGAAUCGUUGCCAGAGCCUGCAGGAGGAGCUUGACUUCCGCAAGAACGUCUUCGAGGAGGAGGUGCGGGAGACGAGGCGGCGGCAUGAGCACCAGCUGGUGGAGGUGGACAGCAGCCGGCAGCAGGAGUACGACUUCAAGAUGGCGCAGGCCCUGGAGGAGCUGCGCAGCCAGCAUGACGAGCAAGUGCGGCUGUACCGGCUGGAGCUGGAGCAGACCUACCAGGCCAAGCUGGAGAAUGCCAAGCUGAGCUCUGAUCAGAAUGACAAGGCGGCCAGCGCGGCCCGAGAGGAGCUGAAGGAGGCCCGAGUGCGGGUUGAGUCCCUCAGCUACCAGCUGUCCGGCCUCCAGAAGCAGGCCAGCGCAGCCGAGGACCGGAUCCGGGAGCUGGAAGAGACGAUGGCUGGGGAACGGGACAGGUUCCGGAAGAUGCUGGAUGCCAAGGAGCGGGAGAUGACAGAGAUGCGCGACGUGAUGCAGCAACAGCUAGCCGAGUACCAGGAGCUGCUGGACGUGAAGCUGGCCCUGGACAUGGAGAUCAACGCCUACCGCAAGCUGCUGGAGGGGGAGGAGGAGAGGCUGAAGCUGUCCCCCAGCCCAUCCUCACGUGUGACCAUCUCCCGGGCCACCUCCAGCAGCGGUGGCGGCGUGCCCACCGCGGGGCGCCCAGGCCGCAGCAAGCGGAAGCGGCUGGAGGUGGAGGAGGCGUUGGGCUCAGGCUCUGGGAGCAUUGGCAUCGGCUCGGGCUCCAGCAGUGCCAGCAGCUUCCAGCUGUCCCAGCAGGCAUCUGCCUCAGGCAGCAUCAGCAUUGAGGAGAUCGACUUGGAGGGCAAGUUCGUGCGGCUCAAGAACAGCUCCAGCAAGGACCAGUCUCUGGGUAACUGGAGGAUCAAGAGGCAGAUGGCAGACGGAGAAGAAAUUGCUUAUAAGUUUACACCCAAGUAUGUCCUGCGGGCUGGACAGACAGUCACGGUGUGGGCGGCAGGGGCAGGUGUGGCCCACAGCCCACCCUCCACACUCGUGUGGAAGAGCCAGAGCAGCUGGGGCUCGGGCGAGCGCUUCCGGACCGCCCUGGUCAAUGCCGAUGGAGAGGAGGUGGCCAUGCGAGCCGUGACACAGUCAUCAGUCGUCCGGGAGACCGAGAACGGGGAGGAGGAGGAGGAAGAGGAGGAGGAGGCUGAGUUUGGCGAGGAGGACUUGUUCCACCAGCAGGGGGACCCGAGGACCACCUCGCGCGGCUGCCGUGUGAUGUGA